AUGUUGGGUCCAAUUACACAAAUAUUCUUCGAUAGUAAGAAGGUCGUAUCUUUAGUUCCAAAUGUGCAACAAUUAAAAAAGAUGCCUAUUUCCGGACCAACCGAACUAGGAGAAUUUGCUUCCGUCAUUAGUUUUGAAAUGUAUAAAAUCUGGACUGGAUCAGAUUCUAUUAAAUGUCAAGUAAAUGAAAAAUAUAAAAAUUUUUGUAUUGGGAUAUUAUGCAUAACGCAAUUAUCACAUGUUACUGUGUUCGUUGCUCUCAAAUAUAUUCAAAGAUAUAUUAAAUGUGCUAAGGCAAUAGAUUUUGGAAUUGGGAGAUUAUUUUUAAUUUCAUUAAUCCUAGCAGAUAAAUAUGUAAACGAUAUCAAAUAUUCAAUUGAAACUUGGGCCAAAAUUACAGAACUUCCAUCAAAGGAGAUUAAUAAGAUGCAGUUAACGUUCUGGAGAUUCUUGAGUUAUAACGUUUACAUUAACGGAGACGAGUAUUCUGACUGGAUAAAUCGAUUGAUGGAAUGCAUAAAGCUCCAAGAACAAAUGAAUAACAAGCCAUCAAAAUAUUUGAGUACCAUUAUGGCUGAUGUCGAUAAUCACCGAACAUGUAUUUUGAUGAAAAUUGAUACCGAAGUUCGUGAAUUACCUCUGGGAGUUAAACCCAAAAAUGAUUGUACAAGAUCAAGACCUAGAUUCCCUCUUGGCUUCACAUCUCAAAAUUGA